GCCUCGACAUCAGCGAGUGACGACGUCAGAGUGCCGUAUCUGCUCGCUUCUUGACCACGACAGGCUACUGGCACCGCGAACCAUGCAGCUGAGAUCGAUCCGCUGGCUUUAGCCGUUCCUUUCCUCCGCUCUCGACUAGCCUCGUUCGGCCCGUCAACAGUCAUGGCGCAGCCUUCGUAUCCGCAGGCAACGGGUCCCUUGUUGUUCUAUCAAUCGCCACCUGCCCCUUUCCCGGCAGCUCAACUCGGUAGACACCCGCACAUGCCGGCACAGACGGCCUCGUCUGUCAGUCCUGAAGGGCGAUUCACACUGCCGAGCUCGGACCAGCAUCUUAGGCAAGUUCGCAAGGCUGGUAUAGCCUCUACCGAUAAUCCGUUAGGUACGAUGGCGCUGGCUGAUCAGUCGAGCUCGCAAUUCGAACAGCGACCAUCGCAGACUGCGACCUUUCAGCCGGGCAGCACUAACUAUGCGCCGUUCUCCAUCGCGCCACUCGUUGCAUCUCCGGAGGAGACAGAGUCCAGCGCGAGCUACUCUCGUGCCUCUUCGCUACCUCCGCCAAGUCUGCCCUUCAAGAUGCCCCGUCGUCGUACGCAAGAAGCCAAGGAGCGUAGGCAGGCCUCGUCGAGUUCAGCAGCGUCCUCAUUAGGCAGUAGCUAUCCUUUCAACGUCAGCGAAGGAUUUCUGGCUACAUCUGCGCCCACGCUCGCGCCUGCGCUGACUCCGCCCGUGGCGAUCAGUACGGACUCGCCUGUGCCUUCGACCAGCCGCAAGCGACCCGGCAUUCAGCCCGCCAGCUCUUACGUCUCUGAUGAGAAUCUGUUCAAUAAUGGACCGCCGACUCCAUCAUUGAGUAGCGCGACUAUGUCGUGGCACACGCCACACACAGAUCAUCCGCUCAGCUUGCAGGAGCAGAACGAACUCAUCGAGCGCAUCCAAGCGGACCUUCAAGUUAUCGAUAGCAGCAAGCUCAAAGGUCCUUUCCAUCGCAUUGCUACCGGCUCGGCUGCUUCGGAGAUCAACCCUCGCAGGGCGAGCAUGUCGAGCACAGCCGGUCACCUGCGGCCGCCGUCAUUGAGUGACGUAGAAGAACUCACCGUCAGUCCGCGAGAUGUCUCGCUCGAUCCGGAAGUGAGUAGGGCAAGCUCCACUUCGAGUGCUAUUCAGUCGAGCCCUGUCAUGGCUACAGCGACGCAUAUCAAAGGCUCUCCGCCGUUCUCAAUGUUUCCGCCUCUGCACAAGAUCCCGACCGCAAUCGUUACCACGCCGUAUACGAACGCCAAUGGCGGCGUCGACGCAGGCGUGAUUGAUGGCAUGACUGCAGCCUCCCGCGCGCGGAGUCUGAGUCAUCCACCAGCACAGCAGGCUCCUAUAAAGCAGCCGACGACUAGCAGCCACCAGCGUUCGGCUUCGCAUCCCUUCCAGCUGCCCAACUCAAUGAUGCCGCCACCGCCGGCGAAGGAGGACAUUUCGCCCGAGUUUGACUUCCAAAUGUCGAGCGGCGAGGAAGAUCCGAGUCCUCCAGUACCGACCGUCAAGAAUGGAGAUGGCCCACGUCCGCCUCCGUUCGCUCUGCCGCAGUACGGGCGCCGCGUUCCGGACAAUCGCGAGAAUCCGUACUUUGCGUCCAAAGCGCCUUCGUAUCGAGUUGGCGAUAGCACCGGCAGUACGUCUGAGGAAUCGAGCAUGUCGAGGCCCCCCUCGAACAGCGUCGAAUCGCCUGGCCAACGUGGGCGAGCGCCGCCGCCUGCGCCUUUAUCGAUCAAUCGACAUCGUGUCAAUCUGAGUCGGCCUGAAUUGCGCCGUUCGCCUUCGAGUCCGCAAGACUCUGCGGAGCGAUCGACGUACUACGAAGAGGAAACACUGGAGCCAAGCGAGUCACCUGACAACGAUGCUGACGAUGCGACUUGGACACCUGGCCGCAAGCCAAUGCAGCACGGUCCAUCAACGGGACAAGCGCUUCACAAGCCAUCUCAGACUGCCGUCGGCAGCCCUUCGCAUCAGUCUUCGAGCCUUGCGAAGCGACCGCGCAAGCAGAGUGCAGAGUACACAGAUUCAGAGGAGGCAGACGAUGAUGACGAGUACAUAUCUGGGUCGCACGCAAACUAUUUCCAGCAACACCAGCCCAAGCGUCAGCGGAUCAACAAUAAACACGCUGUCGGCUCCCAGCCGACGCCCAGAGUGACGGGUGUGGCGGCAUUGGACGAGAUCCCAUCGCAUGUAACAUCGUCUGGCGCGACCAUCUGUGAUUUCGUCGAUCCGCAGACGGGCAAGACCUGCGGUGUCUCUUUCCGACGGCAGUAUGAUCUCGUCAGACACAAAGAGACCAAGCACACGCCCGGCAAGAGGAAGGAAUGGAUCUGCGAUAUCUGCGGCGGUUCAUUCUCGCGUAAAGAUGCGCUUCAGCGACAUUUCAAUCGGGGACAUGCUCGAUAGGCUCUAUACUACCUGUAUGCAUCACUGUGUGUCUUCUGUGAUGAAAC